GAAAUGUUGGCCAGGAGGGUAUGUCGUCGUUGGAUUCUGGAGAGUGGUACCUUGAUAUGGGUUGGUGGGGGUGUAAGGCCUUUACAACCCCCACCACAAAGGGGAUUGUCAUCCAUUGGGUGGGUCGUCGUUACACACCAAGACGAACCUGAACUUAAUUUUGUCAGCAUUAAAUCCCUUGCUACCUCCUCGAGACCGGCCUCAUCCCCAUCCCUUGGUUGUAAUACCGGAAGCAUGCGGGGAGAAUUGAUUCAUUUACACCCCAGGGUGUCAAGAUUGAUGAUGCGCUUCGACCAAGCCAGGCUAAGAGUGCCAUUCCUGGAAUCGGCCUCUAACACAUGGAAGGCUAAUGCGGAUAAAUUCUUGCAGCCUGGCUCGAGCGGCGUCAGUCAUCGGGUUGAGCAAUAG